UGAGCCCUCGGGACUUCCGGCACCUCCUCUGGCCAGUGAUUGCGGAGGAGAGUCAAGAGGGCGGGUCCUCUUUGAAAUGGAGAAGAGGGAAGAAGGCGCGAAAGGCUUCAAAAAGGAGACCGUGAACAAACUGCUCCAGCUCCACUUCAAAGAUGACAAAACACGAGUCAGUGGUGAUGCUCUGUCGCUCAUGGCAGAAAUGCUCAAAGUGUUCGUUCGAGAGGCAGCCGCACGAGCCGCACGGCAGGCUCAAACGGAGGACCUGACCAGGGUGGAUGUGGAGCACGUGGAAAAAGUGCUGCCGCAGCUGCUUUUGGACUUCUAGAAACCUGAUGGGGCAAAGCCCACAUUCCUGCUAGGGGGAAGAUCGUGGCCUGACCUCUGGAGCAAAGUGGAAGACAGGCUUUGAAAUGGAAUCUGCCCCGCCGUGAUUCUGCUUGCUCGGACGAUAUUCUCAUCACCUCUCUCCUUCCUUGCCAGCGCAGUUGCGGUUGUUUGCUAUCUCUCUUUCUGGGCACUCCAUGAUGGUCAAAGGCUGGCUGCUAAGGGCUGGAAUCUUUUCUCUCUCUCCCCCCACCCCUCCCUCUUUGUGAUGGGAUGCCUGGAGUCAGUGACACUCACCAUCUGAGGCUGCGUCCUAGCCUGCUGCUGUUUCCGAUUCACAGCCAGGCAGAGUCUACACUUUCUUUUCCAAUGGGAGAAGCAGGUGCCUUCCUGUAAGGGUGUGUGGAAAGAGUGAGUAUGCCUGGAAGCAUUCCCCACACCGUGGGCUCUCAUCACCUCAGCAGGCAUUUAAAGGCCAGCUCCGGGCCUGUCUGCUGUCUGAGUUCUUAAACAGGAGCCGAGCCCCAGGUCUGUGCCAGCAUCAGGUACCUGAUCUUUAUUUUAUAAAUAAACAGUGCUUGUCCCUCAAUCCUUUCCAGCAUUCCACUGGGGCCAUGACAUCAAAGAGGGCUUGGAACCUUUUAACCAUUUGAUAUUCCUCUCAGAAGCUGCUUCCCUCUGCUAUAAAUUUGUUCUCACAAAGAAACUUCAAUAAAUCAAAAAUAGUCUCCCUCCCUCGCGCGGGGCUCCUUGUUGCAAUUAAUCAUAGAAAGUCAAGUAGCUUCAAAGAGUCGUUUGGCCUCCCCCCCACCCUCUUUGUAGGACGAAAGAAAAACUUUCAAAAAGGGGCAGAAUAACAAACAGCAUGUGUGAGGAUCCCACAUCACGCACAGCCCAGCCCCUCUGUGUCAGCGGGGCAGGACGGGGGGGAGAGAAGAGAGCUGUGAAAUAGUAAACCGUAUACAUGGGGGCAGGGCAUAGCCUAAUGAAGCUUUUUUUCUAUUGCAAAAUAAAGGCUAGGCCUACGGAGAGAGAAGCAAUUGCCACUCAAGGUACUGAUAGGCUGCAAUCCUAUACCUACAGAUCUGGGCCUACACCCCAUUGAACUCAACGGGGCUUACUUCCGAAUGGAUAUAGAGAGGAGUGCGCCAAGAGGCAGAACAAGACCAAGGCAGCAAUGAUACUGUCAGCUAGUGGUUAGCAGCCAUGCUGCCUGAUAGGUAUAGCACGCGCAUGACUUUUCUAAGGUACCAGUUGCUACGUAUUGGUAAUGACAGGGAUGAAGGACUGCUGGCUUUGAAUGCUGGCUCUGAAAUACCCAGUAAUGUUUACGCUGAAAAACACAGGAUGAGGGUUAGGUGGAAUGCUGCCGUUUCCCAGAACUGUCAUAAUGCUGUCUUCCUACAAACCCAUGGCCUAUAAAUUAGGAACCAGCGGUACAAAAGCAACUUCCCUUUCUCCUGUUCUGCCUUUGUCAGCCUCAACCAUGGUUUAGCAGAGGGGUGAGUAAGCUCUUGCUGGUCUACAACUCCCAUGAUCCCUCACCACUGGUGGCGAUUCUGGCAGGAGCUGUUAGGAAUCCAGCAAAUUCUAGGAGUGCUACAUGUUACCCUGCUUUAGCAGCCUUUUAACCAUGGUUUAGCGUUUCCAGUAUUCUCAUCUUCAUCAGAUUUUAAAAACAGAAGUGGAUUUAUCAGUGCGUAUUAACACUAAACCCUAGGAUGCUCCUUGUAGCAGGUCAAAGUAUUUGUCCAUGUAGUCUACUCUAGCUGGGAGUUGUUCUCUUAGGCAUUAUUCUUUCCCACCUGGUUCCUUAAACCAGAAAUUGAAUUUGUAGCUCUUUGCUAUGUCUGCAUUAGACAAAUAUGGUAGUGCAAUGUUUAUAGCUAUUUUGCUCAAUUGUGACAAAGCAUGAAAACAAUGUUGCGCUCUGUUGCAUCAUAAAACGUAUGCUACAAACUA